CAUUUGAGCGUCACUGUACCUAUUUGUUUUAAUAUUGGUGGGGGCGGAGCGGUCAGUUAUCCCUCCCCUUUAACUGGGUGGGCAAAAGAUAAGGAGCCUGCUUUUCUGGGUGACUUUGGUCAAACUUCUCCUACUGUCUGGCCGUCAGUUUCCCCAGCUGUAAAAUGAGGGCUUGCCCUGUAGUUUCCAAAUUCCGCUGUGGCAUGUAAAUUCCCGGGGGAGAGUUCUUUUAAAAUUCAGAAAUUGUGGCUCGGAGUUCAGUCAUUUUGGUUCUUGCAGGCUAGCCAGCUGAUCCUGAUGCCCGUCCAGGUGCGGGAGACACUGGACCAGAUUGUCCCCAGGGGCCCCUCCAGCUUUACCGUCCUCUGCUCCCUUCUUCAGGACAUGGACUUAAUCUUUGAAAUGGCAGUUUAGGAAUGCUGCUGCUGUGGGACUACUUUGGUGAACAGAUUUUUGCACAGGGGCAGAACCUAGGUAUGUCUUUGCCUUGCCACUGAUGCCCAUUCCUUUGCUGUGGGACAACAGGAUGGACAGAUACCUGGUGAAGGGGGCUCAAAGGGGCCUUUCGCGGAAGGGAGAGGAGCAAAAACAGACGGGAGAAAUACCAGCUGUGUCUGGAGGAGACGAUGAUAACGACGAAAGCACAAGGAAGAGGCCCAGAAGAGAGACCCUUGGGAGCAGGGUCCACCUGGAAGACCCCAGCUGGCAGCACAUUCGGGGGGAGGGCCUGGACUGCAGUUACACCAUCCUGUUUGGCAAAGCCGAGGCGGACGAGAUUUUCGGAGAGUUGGAGAAAGAAGUGGAAUAUUUUACAGGUGCCCUGGCCAGGGUCCAGGUAUUCGGGAAGUGGCACAGCGUGCCAAGGAAGCAGGCAACAUAUGGCGACACGGGGCUGACCUACACGUUUUCAGGCCUUACACUGUCUCCGAAGCCAUGGAUCCCAGUUCUAGAGCUCGUCCGGGAUCGUGUCUCUGGGGUGACUGGACAGACUUUCAACUUCGUGCUCAUCAAUAGGUACAAAGAUGGCUGUGACCACAUCGGGGAGCACAGAGAUGAUGAAAGGGAACUGGCCCCUGGGAGCCCCAUUGCCUCUGUCUCCUUUGGUGCCUGCAGAGACUUCAUUUUCCGGCAUAAGAAUUCUCGAGGGAAACACUCCUCCCGGAGGGUGGAGGUGGUCAGGCUCCAGCUGGCCCACGGAAGUUUACUUAUGAUGAACCACCCGACCAACACUCACUGGUAUCAUAGUCUUCCCAUCAGAAAGAAGAUCCUGGCUCCACGGGUCAAUCUGACUUUUCGUAAAAUUCUGCCUAUUAAGAAAUAACAUUUUUAACAGUU